AUGGAAGUAAAGAAGAUAAAAAGAAUUCGAGAGAGCAACAAACACACAGUAUAUCGAGGUGUUCGUAUGAGAAAUUGGGGAAAAUGGGUUUCAGAAAUUAGAGAACCACGUAAGAAAUCCAGAAUUUGGCUUGGAACUUUUCCUACCCCAGAAAUGGCUGCUCGUGCUCAUGAUGUUGCUGCUUUAGCCAUCAAAGGUAACGAUGCAACCCUCAACUUCCCGGAACUUGCAAAUUCACUUCCAAGACCCAAGUCACUAACCCCCCGUGACAUUCAAGCAGCAGCAACCAAAGCGGCUUCAAUGCAAAACUCUGAUUCUUCAUGCAAAAUCGAUACUUGUAUCAGGGUAGGCUGCUUACAUCAUACUAGUUGCGAUGCAGCCUUUCCCCGGACCAUACGUGAAUGCAAAAUACUUCGUGCACCGAGCUGUUCUUUAUCAUCAACUCUAUCAACUUCUUCUUCUUUGUUACCAACUAAUUCAGCAAUGACAGAUUUGGGGACGACGUCCGACGAAUUAACACAAAUCAUUGAGUUACCAAGAUUGGAAACUAUUUUUGAUGACUUGUUCGAUUUGAAAAAUGAUUUUCUGUGUGCUGACUAUCCUUCUCCUUGGUUGAGCUGUGAUGGUGAAUUAGGAACGAUAUCAAGCUGUUUCGAACCGUCUUUACUGUGGAAUUACUAAUUAUGUCUUAGAUCCAAAUAAGUUACAUUCGGCUGUAUGAAUCCUCACUUUAUUCUUUAAGGUCAACUACGACUAAAUUAUAGAAGAGGAGA